CAGUGGCAUUUCCUACCCAUUCAUUCUUCCCGCAAGGGUAGGUAGACGCAACAUCGCAUGCUCUUCCAUGGGUAUUAACACAGAAGAUGCCCAGCCGGCUAGAAAAGUACAUAUAUCAAAGAAGCCCGUCCACGCACAGAAAAAGGUCAAUUAUACUGAUUUUCAACCACUUAUGGAGCCUAAUGCUAUGCAAAUGAGUGAACGGCGAACUGCAGGUUUCCUUCCUACCAUUUGGGACCCUGACCUCAUCAUCUCUUCUUCCACUGGUUACAAGUAUGAGAGCCAUACCACUCGGCUAGAGCAGCUCAAGAAAGCUACUAAAACCCUUCUGGAAUCCACCAAGGACGCUACCCCUCACGUCCUGUUGUCACUGAUUGAUGCAAUUCAUCGGCUGGGAGUCGCCAACCACUUUGAGGAAGAAAUUAAAGAGGCUCUUAAUAACCUUCUUAUUUCAAUGGUCCCCAAUGAUCUUUUCACUGUAGCUCUGUACUUUCGACUUUUACGUCAGAAUGGUUUGUCAAUUAGCUCAGGUACGCAUGAUUAGUACGUGCUGCUGUGAUGUCGGUUUCUUUUUAAAAUAUCAAACCUUGCUCUUUCGUAAAUGGUGACAGUUCGUAAAAGCCGAGUCAUCCGUGUAGGAAUUGUUAAAAGAUCACAUCUCGAAAAAUUGAUUGAUAAAUUAUCUAGUUUAAU